UAAAUGCACUUUGAGGCGAUUGGGGAAGGAGGAAGGAAAUCUAAAUAUAAUGUUUUCUCUGAAUCAAAAGCUGGAAAACAAACAUCGUAUAGGACAUUAAAAAAAGGUUUAUUGGCAUCACAUUUCAAUCUGCAUGUUUGAGUUUUGGUUUCGGUUUGGUUCGAAGUCGAUUACAACUUUGAUACAAUUAAAAAGCCCACGCAAAGAAGGCGGAAGGAAGCUCAGGAUGAUAACAAAGUUCAUAUUUCAACCAACAACAACAAAACAGAAAAGCAAGGAUAUAUCUAUUCAUUUACAUUAUAUUUCAUUACAUCACUUGUUCAUAUCCAUUGAACACUUCAUUCUUAGGGGCUGUGAUGGCUUAAUUUAGCUCGGCAAAAUAAAAGUUCGUUAUCACUUCAUCUGCAGACGUUAUGGCGUUGAAAGAAUGCUCCGUUCUUUCAUCUUUGACCACGUUGGUAGUAUAUUUUCUUCUCGUAUUCCCAUGUCUAAUAACAAUUCACGGAGAUGCGUUGCCGACCUCAGAGCUGACUGUGGAGAGUUCUAUUCAAGUAUGCUCCCAGGACCCUAAGCUGAAGGAAGCUUGGUGCGACAACAGAAGACUUACUUCAAUUCCUCAAGAUCUUACUGAGGAUAUCGAGCUACUCUCCAUGCAGAGCAACAAUGUCAAAGCCCUCUUAAACUCUUCGUUUGUAAGAUACCCUCUCAUCACAACCCUAGAUCUUCGUUUCAACGACAUCAGGGCCUUGGAUCACACAGCUUUCUACCCUCUCAGGGAUCUGAGGGGUCUCUUGAUGUCUUACAACCCACAUCUUGUGCUGCCGGAUACGGGGUUAUUCCGUUGGGCGAGUAAGCUGUCCAUUCUGGAUUUGUCCAAUUCAAACAUGAUAUCGCUUCCUAAUGAUACUCUCAGGUGGAGCACAAAGCUGGAGAAAUUACAGUUGUCACGUAACCAGUUUGCUUUCAUCAACAUCAGUUCGUGUGGCAUGGUCAAGAACUUUCAUUUGGAGGGGAAUCAGCUGGCACAUCUCAGCACAGAAUCUUUCAAUUUAGUGUGCGAUAUUGAUGUUUUGUUACUAAAAGAAAACCCCAUCAAGUCAGUAGAUCCUAAUGUGAUUGCGUCACUAAAUGUCCGUGAAUUAAUCAUUGGAGACUCCCCUCUAACUUUGAAAGUCUUCAAAAACCUAUUUAUAGGGAUCUCACGUUCUGAAAUAGAUUUUUUGUCAAUCAGAGGGUCCAAUUUGACUGCUUUUCCGGUAGACUUCUUCGACUCCUUUUGCAAUUGUCCUCUGUCUUCUCUCGGCCUUCAUACGGUUGGUCUGAAGGCUCUCUCUCCGUACCUCUUCUCAAAUUUGACCCAACUCUACCAACUUUCUCUCAGCUCUAACAGUCUAGUUACGAUCGAGCCGGAUUUCUUUGAAGGAAUGCAAGAUUUAAGAAUCCUGGAGCUGGAGUUCAACAACAUACAACACAUUAAUCCAUACAAUCAAACGUGGAAUAUAAAAGUACAAGAGCUGCAAUUUUUAUCAGGAAACAGGAUUCAGCUACUUCGCUACGAUGUGCUGACAGAGUUAAGGCAACUGACACGCAUAGACCUUGAUAGAAACCGUCUAUCUUACCUUGAUGAAACAAUAUUUUCGAACAAUCUACUGCUUAAAUAUCUUUCAUUAGCAGACAACAAACUAACCCGUUUCAACCAAUCCACUUUCAAACCGAUUGAGAAUUCCCUGUCAUCUCUAGACAUAUCAAUGAAUCCUAUUCUCUGUAAUUGUGAUCUAAAAUGGCUUCUCGAUUGGCACCGGAGAUCACCGAACCUCACUGAGCAGCACACAACUAUUUGUUCGUCAGGAUCUCUCGCUCCUCUUCGCGAAAAGCCUCUCCGGGAUUUUGAUCCAAGUAAUCUCUGUAGGCUCAGCAGUACCAUUCGAUGUUUGAUUUCUCUCGCAGUCAUUUGCAUGGUUGUCAUUGCAGUGCUUGUGCAUCGUCAUCGAUGGCAUUUGAGGUAUAAACUCUUUCUCUUGAAACUGGCAUUAGUUGGCUAUAACGAAGUCCGAGACGCUCGCAAUCACAAUGACUACGAAUUCGACGUAAAUGUCAUUUGCUAUGACGAUGACGAAGAAUGGAUUCGUGACCAUCUUCGUCCGGCUCUUGAAGAAAAGCUUCCGCAGUUUCAGAGGAAUGUUUUUGGUGAUGAAGACCUCGUACCGGGAAUGCAUUAUCUAGAUGCAGUUGAUCACGCAGUGACCCGGAGUUACAAGACAGUCCUUGUGCUUAGCAGAGCCGCUGUACGCGAUCGCUGGUUCAUGCUCAAACUGCGCAUCGCCAUGGACCACGUGAGUGAUACUCGAACCGAGUUCGUUGUUGUGGUCUUCCUCGAAGACAUCCCUGAUGAUGAGAUACCUUUCAUGGCGAGAUUGUAUCUCAACGACGGUAGACCCUAUCUCCACUGGACUGACGAUGUAAGAGGACAAGAGUAUUUCUGGAAUAAAUUGGCAAAGAAUCUGACUAUCAAUCUAAAGACUGAUGACUUGAUUCCAAACGAGUAGAUAUACGUUUCGAAAAUAACUAUUGACCUUAGGCCAUGUCAUGUUAAACAUAUCCAACGUAGGGGUGAACCAUUGGUGUAUCUCCCUACUCCGAUUGGGGGCCUAGUAUAACAAAAAUCAACAUAA